CCUGCUCGCCGGCCCCGCUCCUUCGGGCCAGACGGACUGACGGCCCGCACCGCCCGCUCCGGGAUGGGCUCACGCACGGUAUUCUGAAGUCUCAGGAAGCUGGCACAGUUAAAUGUUCAUGGCCCAUGAGAAGGGCAUAUAAGAAACCAUGGCACUCCCUUUUCAAAAAGAGCUGGAGAAAUACAAGAACAUUGAUGAAGAUGAGCUUCUUGGCAAACUCUCAGAAGAGGAACUGAAACAGUUGGAAAAUGUUCUUGAUGACCUAGAUCCCGAGAGUGCACUGCUGCCAGCUGGAUUUCGACAGAAAGACCAGACGCAGAAAGCAGCCACGGGCCCGUUUGACCGCGAGCACCUCCUUAUGUACCUGGAGAAGGAGGCUUUGGAACAGAAAGACAGGGAAGACUUUGUGCCCUUCACCGGAGAAAAGAAAGGGAGAGUCUUUAUCCCCAAAGAAAAGCCCAUAGAAACUCGUAAAGAAGAAAAGGUGACCCUGGACCCAGAACUGGAAGAAGCUUUGGCCAGCGCCUCCGACACUGAACUCUAUGAUCUUGCAGCUGUUCUUGGAGUACACAAUUUGCUCAACAAUCCCAAGUUUGAUGAAGAAACGACCAAUACAAAAGGCGGCAAAGGGCCUGUGAGAAAUGUGGUCAAAGGUGAAAAGGUCAAGCCAGUAUUUGAGGAACCACCAAAUCCCACAAAUGUGGAAGUAAGUCUACAGCAGAUGAAAGCCAAUGAUCCCAGCUUGCAAGAAGUCAACCUCAAUAAUAUUAAGAAUAUUCCAAUUCCAACCCUGAAGGAAUUUGCAAAGGCCCUGGAGACCAACACUCAUGUGAAAAAGUUCAGUCUGGCCGCAACCCGCAGCAAUGACCCUGUGGCAAUUGCCUUUGCAGAUAUGCUAAAAGUAAACAAGACCUUGAAAAGUCUAAACAUAGAAUCCAAUUUCAUCACUGGUGCUGGGAUCCUGGCCCUUGUAGAGGCACUAAAGGAAAAUGACACCUUGAUCGAGAUCAAGAUCGACAACCAGAGACAGCAGUUGGGAACAGCCGUGGAGAUGGAAAUUGCCCAGAUGCUGGAGGAGAAUUCCAGGAUCCUCAAGUUUGGAUAUCAGUUUACCAAGCAAGGACCACGAACAAGAGUGGCAGCUGCCAUCACAAAGAAUAAUGACCUGGUUCGUAAAAAGCGAGUUGAAGGUGACCGAAGGUAAACUUCCACAAAAAGAGGUGAAGUUUCCCCACGGCAGCACUUUAAAUACAGAAGUUCUUCUCCUUCUUCACUGGGACCAUUUUAUCAAAGGUUGUUCAUUUCCAUUAACCAAGCAACUAGUAAUUUAAUUGUUAUUCUUUUUUAGUGCUACAUAUUUGUCUUGGAUUUUUUAACAUAUGCAACAUAUGUUUUAUUUGCUCCUGGACACCUCUGGCGACUUGCACUAAUGAUUUAUGCAGAUCUUAGUCAGUGACAGCAAUCAAAAAUGAUUUAACCAUUUUCAUACUGGGUUGUCUUGCUUUCUUAUGUGAACUUUUUUUUUAACCAUUGAAAGGAACUUAAUGUAUAAAUGUGUUUGUAACUGUGAUUAAGAUAGAGGCCUACCUCUGUUUACAUGCACAGCUUUGAGUUAGGCUAAAUACAUCAGAAGUGUUCCGCUGACCACAUAAGAAGUUAGUAUUGCCAAUCUUUCACUGAGUGAGAAAAUGUAACCAGGUUAGCACAAAUUCUCCCUUAGUUCCAGAAAAGUCACUAAAUGCAAAUGCCCUGCUGGUUGAAAAUCAGUGGUGUCAUCCUUGUAAAAAGAAGACAGCGUUAUGAUACAUAAACACAGCUUUAGCAAAUAAGUAUGAAAUAUUUAUUCACGCACAAAUAUAGCUUUAAGCCAGACUCAUGGGUAGCAAAAUGAAUUAGCUACUUUUACUGAUUAUUCCACAUACAUUCAAUCUUUAACAUCACUCUAUGGAUAACAUUUUACAAAACUGUUUUAAAGUUUUCCAGCCAUGAUGGGAAAUUUUUAAAUUUUAGUCAGAGGAAAGCUUUUCAAAUAGUACAUUCCUAAAUAAAACAGUAAUAAUAGCACCUGAAGGUUAUCUACUACACACAAUUACAUUAUUUUGGAAGAUUUUAGAAGCAUUUAUUGCUUUGUCUUUAGGGCAACAAGAUCACAGGAUGAAAUAUAAAUGUUCAGGAUAAUUAUGUAGAUUUUGUCCACAUGGCAUGAUCCAUCCAGAUAUUUGCAAACAUCAGGAAAAAUGUGAAUUAUUAUUUAUCCAGAGUUUGUUAUCUCAAGGACAAAGCCUGUGAAAGUACAACUGAGAUGACUGCCUGAUAGAUGCUUGAAUAGAUGCUUGAUAGAUGUUUCAUCCAACAGCCAAUAGUGUCAUGUUAAGCUAAGGAAAUAUGUGACUGCAGCCUUUGGCACCAGCUCUUUUAUAACUGUCAGUGCCUGAGGCUAGAAUUAAUGGCCCUCUGACACUGCCUUAGGCUCCUCUCCCUCCUCUUCCCUCUCCUUUCCUUCCAUUCAUUCUCUUUCUUCUCUGUAAUUCUGAGCCUUGUAAAGGUGAUGUCCUUUGUCUUGAUGACACCUGGAGCUAAAGGAGUUGCUGAGUCAGGCAGAACAUGGGCCCAAUGAAGAAUUCACUAAGUAAUUGAGUGUUCCUGAGUUGCUUGAUAGCAAUAAAACAAAUAAAUGGGAAAACAACUCAUAUAUUAUUCUAGUUAGUUUAUAAAACACACAGAAACUGGAGAGAAAGUCCUUUCUUAGCCACAAAAGUCUAUUGGGUUUUUCCUUAAUAUCUUUUCGACCAACUUUUUUGACCUUGGAACAAACUUUUUGACCAACCCAAUAAAAUUAGAUAUUUACUUGUAAGUGCCCACAUCUCUAGCUCUAAAAUCUUUUGAAAAAAGAAAAAGAAAAAAAAAAAAGAAGAAAACAAAAUAAAAUCCUUUAAGAUGUAAGAAUAUUUUAUUAUACUUUUUGAGGGAAUAAUGAGCAGAACAUAUUGAAUUUUGGAAAUCACAAAGAUUCUUUAGUUUUCUGCUAGAUUUACCUAUCUAUUAAAAAAAAAGUAGUAACUACUAUUUGAUUUUUUUAUUUCCCUUUUAUUCAUUUAGGUGUGGUAUGUUGGAGCCAACUCAUAUAGGUUUCACCAUUAUUAAAUUAUCAAGAAUCUUGCAAACUGGUGCUAAGCACAACCAUUAUUAAAAAUUAAAUGGCAUGCACUUACAAUUAAAUAAUUAUAUCCAAAAAACAAAAGUAAUACUCAAAAAUACAUUUUGCCAUUUUCGUACUCUUGAGAUUAUUUGCACCAACUGUGUUUUUGGCACAAAUUUUUUUUGGCAGAAAUACUAUAUCGUGGUAUGCUAUUAUACAUCUCUCCCCAACUCACUAGUUCUUCCCAACUAAGAAGUUCCAUACUUCUUGCUGGUAGUUUGAAAUUGAUCAUAGCAUGGAAACUGAUAAAUGUUAUAAAUCAAGACUUUCCCCUAUCUCACGUAUCCCAGGUUGCUGGUUCAUGCAUCCACCAUCACCAUAGCACUGGGUAAAAUGUAUACAGUUUUUCUUCCUUUUUUUUUUUUUUUGGUAUACAUGUUUUGUUUACCGUGUUGCCAAAGGGAAGAAUACUUCUGUUUCUUAGUUGUCUUUCUCCUUUCCCUUUAGAUUUGUUGCAAAUAUAUUCAAGUGCAGAGUCCCUGACAUGCCCCACUAAGUAAGGCUUUUUCUUUUCUGUUCUCAUUUACUCUCUUUCUUGCCUUGGAUCUUGGAUCCUACAGAGUGUUCCCUGCAGCCCCAAGAUACUGUGGACCCGGGGCUAAAGCAGUUCUUGGCAAACCCUGGCAGGAAGAAGGAAAAAGGUCAGGACUUGAUAGUGACUAUGCUGCAGUUGUUGAUAGUAUUAAAGCAAACUAAUGGGAUAUUGUCAAAAUUUAGCACUGUUUUUAGCUUAUAAAAUAGGUCAAAUGUAUAUAGAAUCUAUUGAAUCAAAUAUUUAUUAUUAAUCAACUUAUCAUUACCUGUGUUUUUGAAGUAGCUUUAAAAGUGGCAUUUCCAUGAGUAUUCACCUAACUAUUAGAAGAUAAAUUUGGAGGGCCUAUAUGUCAUUUUGGAGAAGGAAAUGGCAACCCACUCCAGUAUUCUUGCCUGGAGAAUCACAUGGACAGCGGAGCCUGGUGGGCUGCUGUCCAUGGGGUCGCACAGAGUCGGACACGACUGAAGCAACUUAACAUAUAUCAUUUAAUUAACCUAGAAUUUCAUUUCCCUGUCUCCACAGUGUAUGUAAGUAGAAGUUCCUUCGUGAUCCUGAGCAUGGUUAAUCCCUUACCAUCCAUCAUGGUGGGACGUAAUGUAUAUACAAUAUCUUUAUACAUAUGCAUUUUGUCAAAUAUUAGUCAAUAUAUUUGGCAGCAUCUGGACAAUUGAUUGAAGGGAGGUCAUCUUUCCCCAGACGACCUCCUUUCCCCUUUUAGACUUGUACAGGCCCAUCCUAAGUGUAAAAUCAUUCACCUGGACUUUCAGGCUCCUGUCACCAACACCCAUCCCAGCAUAUGUGGAAGAUAACUUUUAGGAUAUACAUUCUGGAAGUCUAGAGCGAUCAUGUCAUUAGUCCAGCACAACAUCUCCCCAUCUGCCAGAAGUGUGUGAUGCAAGCUGCUUUAUCCUCAUCAGCACGAUUAAAUCCCUGCCUUUCAUCUUAGUAGGGCAUAAUGUAAAUAAAUGUCAUGUGAGUGUGUGUGUGUUGCCAAAUAUCUACCUGGGUAUUUGGCUGCAUCUGGACCACUGAUUGAAGGGAGAUACUCUCUCCCCAGCCCCAUUUCCCUUGUUCUUUUUAGAGCUGCUUUAGGCGUAGGUUAAAUGUGAAAUCCCUCACUAGAAAUUGCAGCUUAGGUCACCAACCACCAAAUUUCACAGCACUAUGGAAGAUAACUUUUAGGGAAGCCUGGAAAUCAUUUCAUUGUCCCAGCACCAAAUCUCUCCAUAUGCCUAAAAUGUAUGAGUGAAAGUGCUUUCAUCUCCAUCAACAUGCUUAGGCCCCUUCCUUCCAUCUUUGUAGGAUAUAUUGUAUAUAGAUAUUUUGUACAUUAAAGAUUGCCAAAUACUAUAAAGGAGGUAUUUGGCCAAAGCUGGACUCCUGAUUGAAGGGAGAUGCGGUCUCCUGGCCCCUCUCCCCUCUCCUCUCGCAGAGUUGAUGCGGGCCUAGGUUAGGUAGAGGACCACUAACCUGGAGGGGCUCGUGCAACUCACCCAUCUUAAAGCACUCAGUUCAUCUUACAAUACAAGCCCAUCUCCAUUUAAAAACUCACAAAGCAUCCCAAUGCCUAUACUCCUCAAAACAAUUUCCCUAAGGGAAGCCUGGCACAUCAAAUCAAAAGAACGGCUGCUUCCCUUCCAGACAGAAAUGUGGCCCCUGGCAGGGCACCAGCAUUAAGGAAACCAGUGUAUUCUGAAUAACUGCCAUGAGAACAUUUCAGUCAAACCUGAAAUUGGUUUAAGCGUCAACAUGCUAUAAAUGUAAGAUAGCCCUUUAAAAGUUCCAAGAGUUUGAGGAUAUUUUCCUUUUUUGUGGUCACGAUGUACUUAGCCCUCUUCUAGGCACUGUGAAGGAGACGGGAAGUGUAAGAUUAUUAUAAUUUGACCUCUGCUUCCGGGUUUUGGGGUAGAGUGCCCUUUUGGAAAGUGGAUACCAUUUUUUAGCUCAAGUAUUGAUUGCAUAUGCAAAAACUAGCAGGGAGCAGUGAGCUGUGAACACUGGGUUCUGUGCUGUGUUACCUAUCCCCAGGAGAACUGUUUCUGGAGUUGGGUUUGAAGUCUUGAUUCUGUCGCUUCAUUCUUCUCUUCCAUUAAUGAAGCAUGAUAGCUAUAUUCAUUGUAAUGAACAGAGAACUAAGAAAUAUUUUAGCUUUUCAUGACAGUAACAGUUUCCCCUUUUUGCUCCUAAUUUAAAAUAUCCCUGUCACUCACUGUGCCAUCCUCAAUACUCAAGGAUGGAGACACACGCAAAGGAAAGGUGUGAGAAUGCUUGGGAGCAUCAGGCAUGCCCUCUGGAUGAAAAUCACAUGAUCAGGCCCCUGGUAACAAGCUGGAGAGAGAAAAGUACCCAGAACUUCAAGGAUGUAGUCACUGUUCUUGCUCCCAACUCUAGAUCAAAUUCUGUUUUGUGGUUCAGGAGUUUAGUAGUGUGGAGGGGCUAGGUGCUGUGGAGAAGGAAGAUGGAAUUAAUGUUUUUCAUUUGCUUAAGGGUAGAAGUAAGCUCUGCUCAGCUUACCUCUUUCUCCUUUGCCCAUAACAGCUAUGAUUAAACAUUCAGAAGAUGGAUGGAGGAGGAGUGGCAAGGUUUGAAUUUAUAACCUGCCUGUUCUAGGAAGGUUGUAUGCAUAUCAGAGGUUAUCCCAGUUCUGUGAUGCAUCGUUGAUUUGAAGGAGGGUGAAGGAGACUAGACUUUUCUCUGACAUCUUCCAUGGUAGUCAUUCUGAGCACAUUGGCUCUGCUAGUUGGUAUGGUGGCAGGGCACCAUACUAACAGAUUUGGAGACUGACUCCUAAUCCCAUCACCAACACUUAGCAGGUAUAUGAUCAUGGGCAAUUCAUUCAAUUGCCUGACAAUUAUAGACUAUAUAGGGGGAAGAGCACUGGAUUUGGAGUCAAGACACUUGGACACUUGGCUCCAUACUUUCUUAGCUGGGAGACUAUGGGCCAAGCCACUCAGUCUCUCAAACCUAAGGUUCUUCAGUUAUACUAUAAUGGGAAUAAUCUUCACUAACUACCUCACAGAGUUGUGGUGAGAAUAUAAUCAGCUAUUGGGAUGAAAACACUAUACUGGAAAGGGCUAUACAAAAGUGGGAGAUCAUUUUUUAUUAUCUAUUCACUACUGUUUUCCACUGCCUCUUGAAUCUGUUUUCUUUUCUUCUAAGCAACAAUUACAUCUUUCACGUCUUUUUGAAUAUGGGGAAUUGAAGCAUGGGUAUGAUGUCGGGGACUGGUUAUUUUACUUUCAACAUAGAAGUAGGAGAAGUGGUUGAUAGGUGCUGUGAGUGUUAGACAUACCAGUGAAGGGGGGGGCGGCAUUUUCCUGGGCCACUUUGACAGCACCCUGGGAUGUUGUCAGGACCCUUGCAGAGAGCUUAAGGCUGGACGCAGGGGGGAACGAACAGUAAUUAAGAAUUGAGGGGAGGGUCUGAGCACUGCUGCUGUCCAGUCAGCUCUGUCACUACUCAGGGGGUGGGUUCAGCUAAGGCUUGAGGUGUGAUUGGAGGCCUAGGAAAGAAGACUGUUCUUUAGGGCCCCAGCAGCUGUGUAAUAGGCUUGAGCCCUGAUAGCAAAGGGCAGGAAGUAUCACUUGUGAGGUCAGCUCUCCCAGGCAUCAGCUGCUUUGUUAUCACCAGCAACCUUAGCCCUGAUCAGUAUUAUUUUCUGCUAAGAAAGAUAUUGAAACACAGCCUCAAGGAACUUUCGUAAGUGCUGGGAGGCAGGGACUGUCUCAUGAAUCUUUGCAUCUUCAGUAGCAUCUAGUAAGGUGCCUUGUACAUAAUAGGUGCUUAAUAAAUGUUGAUUGAAUUGAAAUGUCCUCCAGCCCCGCAAGAAUCAUGCUCCAUUUGCCACCAUGGGAUACUUUUGGAAAAUAAUACUGAUUUCAAUGUCAGCUCUGUGUGGCUUCCCUAGUGACUCAGGCGGUAAAGAACCUGCCUGCAAAGCAGGAGACCUGGGUUUGAUCCCUGUGUUGGGAAGAUCCCCAGAAGGGAAUGGCUGCCCAUUCCAUUAUUCUUGCCUGGAGAAUUCCAUGGACAGAGGAGCCUGGUGGGCUAUAGUCCAUGGGGUCACAAAGAGUGAGACAAUUGAGCAACUAACACGCUCACUUUUUUCACUAUGUGUGACUUUGGGCAGGUCUUUCAUCUAAUCUUCAUUUCCUUUUUAAAAUGAGUGAGUGGAUUAGAUGCUCUCCAAGGUCCCUUCCAGCUCCUAAAUGCGACAGUCCUGUGAUUCUAAAUGUCCCCGUCACCUGUGAACGUGGGUGCUCUAUGCCUCUCUUGCUCCUUCUCUCCUCCUAGGCUUUGUUCAGAGGAAGGGGUCUGAACAUUCCACAGAGCCAUUUGUUCCCCUUCAGCGGAUUUUACUGUCUUCAGAAUAGUUCUAGAGGAGCAGCUUUUUCAAAAAAGACAUUUUAAAAUAUAUUUUCUCCUCAAAAUUAGUAGAGAAAGAAAGAAGGAAAUGUAAAGAAACUGAGCACAGUAAACAUGGCAUGUUUUUCAUAGAUUUUUAUUUAAAGACGGAGAGAGUCUGAGCACAUAUUGACUGGAUAAUAGAAGCCAAUCGCACAGUACACUGUGUGACUGAGAGAAGCUUGUCCCGGAUUAAAACUUUCCCAUGGAUAAUCUAAAUGCGGAUAGAUAAGAAUUGGCCAUAUGAUGAGAUGGAUAGAAGGAGUACUUUUUAAGGACAUUUUAUUUUAGUACCAAAUUUUGCCAGUGACAAUCUUUAGUUAAGAAAGAAAUUCUUCAGAACUAAAAUUCUCAUCUCUGCCGCUUUGCUUUUCAAAAAACCCCAUUAUAUUCAUGGAAUAAUACUUAUAUUUUAAUUAAAACUUUAUCUUAAUUCUGUUUCAUCUAUUUAAGGAAAACGAGAGAAUUUUUCAUUGCAUUUAAAAAUGUAAAAUACUUGCAUGCCACCAGUGUGUAAUACUUUACCGGUUCAGAUGCUUGUAAUGUGUGACUUUAUGUGUCCCUGUAUUAUUUUGAAGAGAAAAAAGGAAAUAAUACUUUGUAAGCUGUUUAAACUUACAAUGGCAACAUUUAUUUGGCUAAGCCGUUAUUGGAAAAUGCACAUAAUUUCAUUUUUCACUUUGAAACUUUCCAAUCAAAGGUAGAUAUUGAUUAUAUUCAUUAGGGAAUUGAAGACUAAUUUGCCUUUUAAAUGUGAAAUUGAACAUUCUGUGGGAAAUGUGUGAAAAAGCAAAAUGUAUGAAGUGUGAAGUACUUUUCCCAUGAUAAUUAAUAAGGAUCCCAGGUGGCAUAAAUAGAUGCAGUGUUUGACUCUUUGGAAUUUGCCAGCCUGAUCUAACGCUAAGGUAAAUGUACACUAUUUUAAUGAAUCAAUAUCUUUCUGCUUUUAAAGAUAAUAAUGUAUUCAUUUGUGUCUGGAAUGAAAUUUCCAAGUGAAAAUGUACAGAAUACUAGGAAUUAAUAAACUUUUCUUUUUAAAAAUGAAA